AUGCAACCUGUCAAACGUAAAACUCCUUCAUGGGCAUCAACGUCUCCUCAGCCCAAUGCAAGGGCAUCGAGUUCUUCAGGCGUAAAGCAAGAAAUUGGAGAAGGAGGGGAUGUGAAAAGAACAAAACCCAAUGCACCGAUGAUGGUCAACGGUAAACCACUCUACUCAGCGAGUCAUGGAAUGUAUAAGGAUGUUAGAACAGCUGCAUUGGAUCUGUUCCAUCAGCUCAAAAGAGCCUCAACGAUGAGUUAUCACGACGCUUACUUCCGAGUGGAAGAAACUUCGCCCGGAUUAGACGCUACUGCAGCUCUGGAAUUACUGAAAGGAAUGGAACGAGUGGAUUUUAGAGAAGUCAACAAUGUUUUCAUGUAUAUCCCCGAACUAACGCUCAAUAAUCUAUCAGAGAUUCGAUCCUAUAUACGUGUGAACUCAACUCAUACAUCUGGAAUCCCAGUUCGUAAUCUACGAGAAGCGAUGCCAAACGGUAUCGGACCUCUGGGAGAUUUAGAAUCCAAAGGAGACAUCUUAAUUAUGAGAGGUCUCACGGGUGCUUACAAAGAUAUACCUCUACCUAGAUUAGGAAGAAAGAAUCUGAAUGAUCAAGGUAUCAAUGAUGGUGGUGCAACGAGAUGGAAAACUGUUUUUUGGGAUCAUGAGCGAGAAAAGGGUUUAGCAGGGAAAAGGGUCGAUGAUGAAUUCAUCUUCGCUUGGGCAGAUGUACCUAUGGCAGAAACGGAUGAUGUGACGAAACUUCUGGCCGAGCAGGAGCUCACAGCGAGUUCUUCUGUACCUUUCACGACGAAGGUAGCUCCUUCUGGACCAGUCAAGAAGAAGAAGAAGACUACGAGAGCCCUGAAGAUUACCAACACACAUAUGAAGGAGCAAGGUAUCGAUUUCUCCAAGGAUUACGAGAAACCUUCUUGA